GGGAUUCCGAAUCAGCAUAAGCCGAGGCGCACGCUCGUCUAUCUCGCCCUCAGCCUCGCCACUUCAGUCUUCUCCCCCGCAGUUCGACAGGCUCCACCGUCGCCUGCAAUAGUUGUAGCAGUCGUUCAUCGUAACCCUGAGUUCAAGGGAAAGUAAUCUUCGUAGUCAUUGGUUAGUGAAGCAGCAAGAUGAGGAAGUUGAAAUUUCAUGAGAAAAAGCUUCUGAAGAAAGUAAACUUCUUAGAAUGGAAGAGAGAAGGGAACCACAGGGAAGCCCAGGUAAUGCAACGUUACCAUGUUGUUGAGCGUGAUGAUUACAAGAACCCCUGUGAAACACAAAUCAGGUAUUCGGGUUUGUGCCGAAUGGUGCAGAAAUUGGUGAAUAUCUUGAAACAGAUGCAUCCUAAAGACCCAUAUCGCAUUGAAAUGACUGAUAUGCUUCUGGAGAAGCUGUAUAACAUGGGGGUUAUACCAAGCAGGAAAAGCUUAGCCCUUUGUGACCGCUUGUCAGUCUCUUCCUUCUGCAGACGAAGGCUUGCAACUGUAUUGGUGCGUGCAAAGUUUGCUGAACAUUUGAAAGAAGCCGUGACAUAUAUCGAGCAAGGACACGUUCGAGUAGGCCCGGAGACUGUGACUGACCCCGCAUUCUUGGUUACAAGGAACAUGGAGGACUUCAUAACCUGGGUGGACACAUCCAAGAUAAGGAGGAAAGUGCUUCAGUACAACGAUAAAUUGGAUGACUAUGAGGCCAUGAAUUGAUGUUUACCAUGAGAACAGGUCAAUUUUGCUUGGAUAUUAAUAUAGGAAGUGCUCACUCUGUGUGUCCCCCUGUGCCAAGUCUUGUAACGACCUUAGGGUCCAUAAUUGGUUGUGGUGAAUUCCAAACCUUUUGUAAUGGUCAGGGUAAAAAUUGGCAUUGUCGUUCCUGCAAAACAUGUUGGCAGAGUUAUAUGAGUAUUCUGGAAUCUAGAGUGAUGGUGAAAUUCUUGGGGCUC